AAAUUCUUCGAAUUUUUUCCAAGUUUUACUUGCACGUUUGCUUGAACUUGUUAAAGCUUUAGGUAAUCUUUCCGAAGUGUUCGAGUACCUGAAAAAGAAUAAAAAAUGUGGAAAGCGUCGCGCCUCUGAACUUGUCGACCUUAUGUAUCGAGGUGUUAAACAUCAGAGGUCAUCUUUGCGUCAAGGUUAUCGUUGGAUUUGAAACAAAAAAGUGGGGAGAUUUUUGUACGCUAUUAGCUGUAACUUAAUAAGCGUCAGUCUGACGAAAACUUCGUUCGUCGACGACUCUUCCGUUUCGACGUCGAUUUAUCUGCAUGCGCGCUUCCACGAUUUUAUCAAAGUUCUUAUCUGAGACAUACGUUGAAAUUCUAACUAUUGGUCUUCUUACGUCCCACAUUCUUCUGUUUGGGAGAUUAAAUUGUUCGAGAGAUUAGACUUCUUCUAUUCCUCAAAGAGGACUCUUCGAGGAACUUUUCAGAGAGGUAGUUCAAAACGCGAGUUCAAAACCGAUUUAAAAUCAAAAUUGACAAGAAGACUCAGAGAAGAGUAUCGAAUCGAGAUGACGAUUUCGGUGACCGACACAGCCCUCGACCUCGAAAGGAAGGCGAUGAAGCACUACGCUCGACGCAAUCGUCUUCACAUCUUGCUGACCUGGAUCUAUUGCGGGCUGUUCCUGAUGAGUUCCAUGGGUUUCUACGUUUUCUGGUACACCGACGUGUUCUCCAACUACGUGCUCUCCAACAUGAAGCUGACGAACGGCAGUCGCACCUUCGACUGGUGGCAGCAACCCCCUGUCAAGCUCGAGUACAGGAUCCGCGUCUUCAAUUACACGAAUGUGAAGGAGUUCGAAGCCGGCAAGGUGAACAAGCUGCGCGUCCAGGAACUCGGUCCUUACACCUACCGGGAGACGAAGAGCCGCGUGAACGUGGUGAUGCACGAGAACGGCACGGUGACUUUCCAGGAGGAGAGGUCGUUCGAGUAUAUAGGUGGUAGACCCGAGGAUGACGUCGUCGUGGUGCCGAAUGUACCCUUGAUGUUCGUCACCGCAUUCGUCCGGGAUACGUCUUUCAUGACGCGUAUGGGUACCAAUGUGAUGUUGGCGGGUUUUCAAGAGCAAACCUACGUCAACGUCACGGUCAGCGACUUCCUUUGGGGAUACGAAAUCACUUUCUUGAAAUGGCUCAAACCGUUUAUGAAGCAAGACAUACCGCUCGAGAAGUUCGGCUUGAUGGCUGCAAAAAAGUUGAAUAAGAAUCGCAUCACGAUGAGCACGGGGGUGCCAAGUCUCGACAAUCUCGGCAUGAUCGAACGACUGAAUGGAAUGGACAAUCGGAAAAUGUGGGGUGAUGAGAAAUGUGAUAGAAUCAUGGGUACUGAUGGUAGCAUGUUUCCGCCACACUUGAUAAAAAACACAAACAACCCUCUUUACGUGUAUUCUCAGGAUAUGUGCAGAAAUUUACCUUUUUAUUUCGCCGAAGAAGUGACCACCUACGGCAUACCUUCUCUAAGGUAUAAAUUAUCCCCCGACGCAUUCAAUUCUUCGCGCAAGGAAAACAAGUGUUUUUGUCCGAAAGUAGACGGUUCAAGAGUUUGUCCCCCCGAUGGACUCUUCAAUAUAUCAGCUUGUGUUUUUGGCACACCCUUGCUCACGUCAUUUCCGCAUUUUUAUGGGGCCGACAAGUCCUUACUGAAGCAAAUAGACGGCUUGAAUCCUCGUCAGGAAGAUCAUGAGAGUUACGUAGAUGUACAUCCGCGUUUAGCGACUCCCAUGGCCGGUUGGUCGAGAUUUCAAAUGAAUCUGGAGGUGCGAACAGCGAUUUCCGUGCCGUUUCUCGGGAAACUGAAGGACGGUACGAUUCUUCCGAUUAUGUGGGUGGAGAUCGGGACAGACCAGAUUCCAGAAUUUAUGUUAGAGACCCUUCAAUCCGCGUAUUUCACAGCGGGCAACGUGGAAAUGGCUUUGCAAUGGGGCAGCUUCAUAGCCAUGAUACUCUCUUUCAGCGCGCUCGUUACUUGUCUUUGGAAAUAUCUCGUCCAAUGGGACGAGAUUUUUCCCGAAAAAUUGUCCGGUUAAAACAACCUUCUUGCAUCGUUUUCCGAUCGACGGAAAUCGGUCGGAAAAAGGGUAGAUGUAUCCAUCCAAGAAGAAUUUUGAGGUAAUACACGAAUGUCUAAAAAAAGAUUAAUUUUUUUAACAUUUCGAGAUGCCUCCGCAGAAAUGUUUUUUGAAAUAUCGCGUUCGAGUCGAUAUUCGAUUCGAAUGGGAAAGAUUGUUAUGCUAUUGUAUAAAUUGUUUGGCUUCUGCGAAAUUGUUAACGAGAAUUUACAACAUCUUGCGCGCAGAACUCGGUAACGUUAAUAAUAUUGUGCAAUUAGAAUAAUGUAAUUACAUUGUUGGCAAGUUAUGUCAAGCAAUUUGAUACAGAGAGAUUUUGUUAUUGUUGUUUAUAGAAAUAUAACAUAAAUAUAUAUAUUACAUAUAUGUAUAAUUGAUAGAUGGAGAAGUAUAAAAAUACAUCUCUCCCGUAUCAAAUAUUUAAUUAAUAUAUCGCUUUAACAAAG